GCGGGAGCCAAAAGAAGCUUGAGGGGCCGGGCCGGGCCGGGCGGAUCCCCUUCUUCCCCAAAUGUGAGCAGUGUCCCGAGUCCCCGUCAGGCAAAGGCUGCCCAAAGAGGUGAAGCCGGUGGCCGGGCCGGGAACAUGAGGCAGUGUCUCCUCUUCCUGACCAGCUGGGUUUCUUUCGUGCUGGCGCCGCGGCCUCCGGACAAGCCCGGCUUCGGCUCCCCGCAGCGACUCGAAAAGCUUGAUUCUUUGCUUUCAGACUACGAUAUCCUCUCUUUAUCCAAUAUCCAACAGCACUCGGUAAGAAAAAGGGAUCUACAGGCCUCAACACAUUUAGAAACACUACUAACUUUUUCAGCCUUGAAAAGGCAUUUUAAAUUAUACCUGACGUCAAGUACUGAACGCUUUUCCCAGAAUUUUAAAGUCGUGGUGGUAGAUGGUAAAGAUGAAAGCGAGUAUGCCGUCAAAUGGCAGGACUUCUUCAGUGGACAUGUGGUUGGUGAGCCUGACUCUAGGGUUUUAGCCCAUUUAGGAGAUGAUGAUAUUACAGUAAGAAUCAACACAGAUGGGGCAGAAUAUAAUAUAGAGCCACUUUGGAGACUAAUUAAUGAUACUAAAGACAAAAGAAUGUUAGUUUAUAAAUCUGAAGAUAUCAAGAAUGUUUCACAUGUGCAGUCUCCAAAAGUGUGUGGUUAUAUGAAGGCAGAUAAUGAAGAGUUGCUUCCAAAAGGGCUAGUGGACAGAGAGCCACCUGAUGAGCUUGUUCACCGGGUGAAGAGAAGAGCUGACCCUGAUCCCAUGAAGAACACAUGUAAAUUACUGGUGGUGGCGGAUCAUCGCUUUUACAAAUACAUGGGUAGAGGGGAAGAGAGUACAACUACAAAUUACUUGAUAGAACUAAUUGACAGAGUCGAUGACAUCUAUCGGAACACUUCAUGGGACAAUGCAGGUUUUAAAGGUUAUGGAAUACAGAUAGAGCAGAUUCGCAUUCUUAAGUCUCCACAAGAGGUAAAACCUGGUGAAAGGCACUACAAUAUGGCAAAAAGUUAUCCAGAUGAAGAGAAGGAUGCUUGGGAUGUGAAGAUGUUGCUAGAGCAAUUUAGCUUUGAUAUAGCUGAAGAAGCAUCUAAAGUCUGCCUAGCACAUCUUUUCACCUAUCAAGAUUUUGAUAUGGGGACUCUUGGAUUAGCUUAUGUUGGUUCUCCCAGAGCAAACAGCCAUGGAGGUGUUUGUCCAAAGGCUUAUUAUAGUCCUAUUGGAAAGAAAAAUAUCUAUUUGAAUAGUGGUUUGACCAGCACAAAAAAUUAUGGUAAAACCAUUCUUACAAAGGAAGCUGACCUUGUUACAACUCAUGAAUUGGGACACAAUUUUGGAGCAGAACAUGAUCCGGAUGGCCUAGCGGAAUGUGCCCCGAAUGAGGACCAGGGAGGCAAAUAUGUUAUGUAUCCCAUAGCUGUGAGUGGAGAUCAUGAGAACAAUAAGAUGUUUUCAAACUGCAGUAAACAGUCCAUCUUAAAGACCAUUGAAAGCAAGGCCCAGGAGUGUUUUCAAGAGCGCAGCAACAAAGUAUGUGGGAACUCCAGGGUGGACGAAGGAGAGGAGUGCGAUCCUGGCAUCAUGUACCUGAACAACGAUUCCUGCUGCAGCAGCGACUGCACGCUGAAGCAGGGCGUUCAGUGCAGUGACAGGAACAGUCCUUGCUGUAAAAACUGUCAGUUUGAAACUGCCCAGAAGAAGUGCCAAGAGGCUAUAAAUGCUACUUGCAAAGGCGUGUCUUACUGCACAGGGAACAGCAGUGAAUGUCCCCCUCCGGGAAAUGCUGCAGAUGACACGGUGUGCUUGGACCUCGGCAAAUGUAAAGACGGGAAGUGUGUUCCCUUCUGUGAGAGGGAGCAGCAGCUGGAGUCCUGUGCGUGUAACGAGACUGACCACUCCUGCAAGGUGUGCUGCAGGGACCCCUCAGGUCGCUGUGUGCCCUACGUCGAUGCUGAACAGAAGAACCUAUUUUUAAGGAAAGGAAAGCCCUGUACAGUAGGAUUUUGUGACAUGAAUGGUAAAUGUGAGAAACGAGUACAGGACGUCAUCGAGCGGUUUUGGGACUUCAUUGACCAGUUGAGCAUUAAUACUUUUGGGAAAUUUCUGGCAGACAACAUUGUUGGUUCUGUCCUGGUCUUCUCCUUGAUAUUCUGGAUUCCUUUCAGCAUUCUCGUCCAUUGUGUGGAUAAGAAGCUGGAUAAGCAGUAUGAAUCUCUGUCCCUCUUUCACCCCAGUAAUGUUGAAAUGCUAAGCAGCAUGGACUCGGCAUCUGUUCGCAUCAUCAAACCCUUUCCUGCACCCCAGACCCCCGGCCGCCUCCAGCCCCUGCAGCCUGUUCCUGUGAUACCUUUGGGGCCUGUGGCUCCAAAACUGGACCACCAGCGAAUGGACACCAUCCAGGAAGACCCCAGCACAGACUCACACGUGGACGAGGAUGGCUUUGAGAAGGACCCCUUCCCAAACAGCAGCACAGCCGCCAAAUCGUUUGAGGAUCUCACAGACCAUCCGGUCACUAGAAGUGAAAAGGCCUCGUCCUUUAAGCUGCAGCGUCAGAAUCGUGUUGACAGUAAAGAAACGGAGUGCUAAUUUAGGAAUUCAUGUUCUAAGCUCUUCAACUGUGCAAAAAUAUUUUUAUAGAUUUGACCUAAAAUUACUGCAUAUAUUUUGUGAAGAUUUGGGAGAAAUAAGGAAGUGACUUCACAGCAGAUGCUGGUCAUGUGUUUGGACUUCCUUCGCAUACAAGGUUAGGCCCUUUUCCUUUUGAAGAGGUAAGGUGAAUGAAUCUAGCUUAUUUUGAGGCUUUCAGGUUUUAGUAUUUUUGAUUUUUAAAAUAUCCUUCAACCUGUGGUGCAAAAGCAGAAAAUACAGCUGGAUGAAGUAAUAUGAAUAUUUACAUUUUUGUAAAUUAACUUUUUAUACUGGUAAUAGCACUGAUUAAGGGAGGUGAUCAGUUUUUUUUUUAAUACACUGUAAUGAUCCGCUGAAUAUAAUGAGGCAUUUAGCAGGUACUUAAUGAGGAUAACAGGAACACAGAUUUACUUUUUGCCUUCAAGACAAAGGAGAUAAAGUGAAGUAUACAUUAUCUCCAAAAUGUUGGGUUCUAAGUAUUACCCAGAGCUUUUAGCAGUAGGGAGAAGUAUACAUCUAAAUCUAGGAAUAAUGUUGGCUAGUAAUUCUAAGGUUAGUAUUUGCUAGAAUUAAAACAAUCUAGCUUAUUGUGAGGGUUACAAAUAGUAGCCAAAUUGCGUUUACAGAAUCCUGCCAACUGCUUAGGGCCAUAAUUUGCUGGGCUGUUUUUCUGUGUUUUAGAAGUAUCUUCAAGUAUCUCUAAUUCUGUUGUCAUGCUCUUAAAAAGAUACCAUUCACAGAACUUAAAUGGAGUAUGGCUGCCUCUUUUCAACAGACACUAGUUGCCAAGAGGGUACAUGAACUAUUUCUCACCCAAAGAACAUGUGGUUGUGAAUGGGCCAUGGGGUGACAUGCUGGCCAGGGGUGGGAAGCUGCCGCCCAUGGGCUUUAUCCCUCCAUGGCUGGUUCUGAAAGUCCCUUUGCAGUGACCUGCAGGUGGACAAUGGCAUUACUUUUUGCUUUAGUGCUUUGGGAUGGUCUGCAUUUACUGUGUGAAGGAUAAAAAUCAUCAGAUCGAAUUGAUUUCCUUAAAAUUAUAGUUAAAAGUUUUUUUCCCUACAUACUGAGUUUCUCUACAUACUGAAAUGUACUCACCAGCCAACAUAUUUUAACUGAGAUAACUUGUAAAUUUUGAGGGCAAUUAACCAAACCUGUGACAAACCCUGUCCUCCCUUCUGAGGGUGUUUGUUCUGCAGAUAACCUGUUACACUAAUACUUGAACUUGUUACCUUGUGGUAUUUGCUGUCUUUAACUAGUCACAAUAUCCUUAUAUUUUAGUUACACUUUUAGAAUCUGAUAAAGGGUGUGUGGGUGUAUGUAUGGGAGAGAAAGUGUCCAGCUGAAUGUAAGAAAACCAUUUUUUAUAAAAUUGUGACAAAGAAAAA